CAGAUCUCUACAAAAAGUAUCAAGGCGCUUCUCGCUACGGCGGUAGGAAGUCAGCAACGUCUUUGUCGAAUGCAUACUAAAUAGUUAUGAUCAAGGAAACGCUAGAGAACGCUCCAGGAUUUUAUUCGACACUCUACAAUGAAUUAUAUGAUAACAAAAUACCGGAUAUUAACAAAAUACGACAAAUGACAAGAAUUUUGUGUAACCGAUGGUUUUAUCAAAAUAUGAUUGAACAUCAUAGGUAAUCUUGUUAAUAGAUAUCCGACAAUGCAUGAGAAGUGGAACUUGGCAAAAUCCAUACUGGGUACUUUCCCGCAAUUAGAAGGCACAAGGCGGAUGCCAGAGGCCCCGAAAGAGUCGGCGUUCUUCUGGAAAAAUGGCGGUAAUUUGAGAGGAGCGCACACAGGCCUCAUCGAAACACGAACAAACAAUAUGAGAAAGGAUCUUCCGCGAGAAAAACGGAAAUUCACCCGCGAUAAAGAUUUAGUCAUUAUGGCAGCAGUUGAUGACGACAUUGUCGAAAAAGCAGAGCUAUGUGCAGCGAUAAGUGCGGUAACGGAAAAUGUUAGGAGAAUUGGAGAAUUAAUGGAAUCUACUUUUUACUACCACAAAUAUCUCCUCACAACCAGAGCAACUUUUAGUGAUAUCAUAUCGGUGUUUCCGCAUUUGCUGUCAUUCGAAGGAGACAUGGAAGAUGAGUGGGCGGAGCUGCAGCACAAAUCUGAAGGUCCAAUUCUCAUAUGCAUUGCAGAAAUAUUCAAAGCCGGUCGAUACGUGAUUAUGAUAGACGAAACACAUCAUGUCGAAAUUGCUACCAGUGAGAAAGCAGUGGAAAUUUUGAAGUAGAAUACUUCUCUCAGGAAGUUCGGCUACAUAGGGAUGUGAAAUGAAAAUCUAAAACCGAAAAAAGUGAAAAAUAUGUCCAAUUUCAAAUGCUAAUAAAUCGGUUAGUAUUCGAUGGAUUUCCUUCGU